GCGCAGUCGCCGGGCGGCGCGAUGGCCGGUGCGGGGCCUGCGCGGCCGCCGGUGUUGCUGCUGCUGCUGCUCGCGCUCUGCACGGCCGUCACCCGGGCGCUCUACUUCCACAUCGGCGAGACGGAGAAGCGCUGCUUCAUCGAGGAAAUCCCCGACGAGACCAUGGUCAUCGGAAACUACCGCACGCAGAUGUGGGACAAGCAGAAGGAGGUUUUCCUGCCCUCGACCCCCGGCUUAGGCAUGCAUGUGGAAGUGAAGGACCCCGACGGCAAGGUGGUGCUGUCCAGGCAGUACGGCUCCGAGGGCCGCUUCACUUUCACCUCCCACACCCCCGGUGACCACCAGAUCUGCUUGCACUCCAACUCCACCCGCAUGGCUCUCUUCGCUGGAGGCAGGCUGCGCGUGUACCUAGACAUCCAGGUGGGCCAGCAUGCCAACAACUACCCUGAGAUCGCUGCUAAGGACAAGCUGACAGAGCUGCAGCUCCGAGCCCGCCAGCUGCUUGAUCAGGUGGAGCAGAUCCAGAAAGAGCAGGAUUACCAGCGGUAUCGAGAAGAGCGCUUCCGCCUGACUAGCGAGAGUACCAACCAGAGAGUCCUCUGGUGGUCCAUCACUCAGACGGUCAUCUUCAUCCUUACUGGCAUCUGGCAGAUGCGUCACCUCAAGAGCUUCUUUGAGGCCAAGAAGUUGGUGUAGUGCCUCUGUGGGAGGCCCCUUUCAUCUCAAUGUGGUAGCAGUCCUUACCCAGAAUGGAACCUCCAGGGAGCCUGAGGGGAUUCUGGAAAAAUGAAAAGAUAGAAGCCUUGUUGGUUCUGGGGUCGGUCACUGGGAACUCAGACCAGCCAGAGUUAGCCCUGGUUCUCGAGGACACGGAACAUGGUCAAAGUUUUCAAAAGUCCACUCUGGGAUGGUGAGCAGCGGCCUCUCUGCCCUGUGUGAUUGUCCUCUUUUCUAUUACAAAAUGAGCAAAUGACAA